AUGUUCAUCCUGACCAAAAUCGCCGACUUGGUGCAGAUUGCGCCGGCAGACUUCUCCAAGCGGAGCAAGGAAGCCAUUGAGGACAAUAUCAACGCAAAAUACUCCAACAAGGUCAUUCAGAAAAUCGGCCUCUGCAUAUGCUUGUACGACCUGCAAUGGGCUUCAGAGGGUCUCAUCGGCCAUGGCACCGGCCUGGUCAACGUCAAUGUUGAGUUCCGCAUGGUGGUGUUCCGUCCCUUCAAGGGUGAGGUCAUGAUGGCCAGAAUAUCAACCUCUACGCCUGAAGGCAUCCACCUGCAAACGGAUUUCUUUGCCGACAUCUUUGUGUCGUAUGAGUAUCUACCCCCCGGGGCCGAAUUUAGCCACAGCCAUCAACUCUGGGUCUGGAACGUUGAUGAAGAACAACGCCUUCUUUAUGAAAUGCACGAAAUGGUCCGGUUCCAGGUCAUCGACGAGGAGUGGCACGACCAAGCGCCAGCUGGACCAAAACAGCAAGAAGCAUCGGAGGCCACGGCGCCAUACAGGAUCAAGGGCAGCAUGAUUGCUGAUGGAUUGGGCCUGUGCCUCUGGUGGGACUAG